AUGCCAUCGACAGGUGGCACACACGUGGCCGAUGCCGAGAAGGACCCCAAACAGGAUUCGCCGGAUACGCCUUCCACCGUAAUUACAGAGGAUAUCAUAGCAAGAAAUCCCACCAAUAGCGUGCCGAUAAAUAUAGAUAGCGAAGCACAGAUUAGCAACCCGACACGCAAGACAGCUGCUACUGAAGGAGAUGGCGGCAGCGGCGAUAGUCAUGAGUAUCCGUCUGGCCUGAAUCUAGGGUUCAUCAUCAUCGCCCUAUUCCUCAGCAUAUUCUUGGUGAUUCUGGACGUAACUAUCGUUGCUACAGCGAUACCGAAGAUUACAGAUGAAUUCCAACGCCUCGAUGAGGUCUCUUGGUAUGGUGCUGCCUUCCUUAUAUGCAGUGCUGCCUUCCAAUCAACUUGGGGCAAGGCUUACAAGUACUUUCCUCUCAAAAUUAGCUUCCUGAUCUCCAUCUUCAUCUUUGAAGUCGGUUCCCUCAUCUGUGGAGUCGCUCCUCAAAGUGUGACGUUAAUUAUAGGCCGCGCCAUUGCUGGUAUCGGCUGCGCUGGUAUCAGCUCGGGGGCAUAUAUCAUCAUCGGUUUCAGCGCCCGUCCGGCGAAGCGCCCAGUCCUCACAGGUGUUCUAGGGGCGUCCUAUGGUAUCGCUUCGGUUUUAGGGCCCCUGAUAGCCGUCCCGUCGGCUGCACCUCUUCGGGAGAAGUUCCUACAGAUGGACCCUCUUGGGACGGCACUUAUCAUGGGCUUUAUUAUCUCCUUCCUGCUCGCUCUGCAAUACGGAGGCAUCCAGCACCCUUGGCACUCCUCCGUGGUCAUCGGCCUCUUCACCGGCUCCGGUCUCAUGCUUGCAGCCUUUGUGGCACUCGAGUUGUUCCAGGGCGAGCGAUCAAUGAUUGCACCUCGCCUCCUCAAGGAUCGGACGCUCUACAUCUCGUCUUUGUAUGCUUUCCUCUUCGCCGGUGGCUUUUUCGUUUUGAUUUACUAUCUUCCCAUUUAUUUUCAGUCUAUCCACAAUGUCUCACCAAUAAUGUCUGGUGUUCGUAACCUACCGUUCAUCAUAGCAGUCACUAUCGCUACCAUGGUGUCUGGUGCUUCAAUCACCAACACCGGAAUUUAUGCACCGAUUUUAGUCACUAGUGCAGCUAUUGCGACAGUCGCAGCGGGCUUGAUCUACACCCUUGAUAUCGGAACCAGUUCCACCAAAUGGAUUGGCUACCAGGUCCUCGCCGGUCUUGCCUGGGGUGCCGGCAUACAGGUCCCAAUGAUUGGCACCCAGGGAACAUCGAGAGAUUUGGACCUGGCUUCUAAGACCGCCAUCCUACUCUUCUUUCAAACUGUAGGAGGUGCCUUCCUCAUUGCUGUCGCUCAAACCAGUUUCCUCCAAACCAUGCUUAAGCAGAUGCGCGAGAUGGCACCUCAGGUCUCCCAGUCGCAGCUCGUCCAAACCGGCGCAACUGAAAUCCGGUAUAUUUUUGAUGCAAACGUAAUACUAUUGGUUAUUCGAAGCUACAUGGAUGGACUAAAGGUUGCGUUUGCCCUUGUCAUUGCUGCUACUGGUGUUGCAUUCGCAGUGAGCUUAGGGUCGAGAUGGUCGAAGUUGGAAACGAGCUAA